UUAUAAUAUCUAACACACUUUGAACAAUCUUAAGAUAAAUUAAGUAAGAACAACAUCACCAUGACCGCAUCUGAUUUUCGCACUGACAUAUUCAAGCGUUUCGAGGAUGUGUGGGCUGAGAAAAUAUUAUCAGAUUUCACAGUGAUUAUCGAUGAGCAACCAAUCAAAUGCCAUCGAAUGAUCCUAGCGGCCUGUUCAGAUUAUUUUAUGGCAAUGUUUCAGUCAGGGAUGAAAGAAGCCACGGAAAACUGUAUUGUGCUAAACGAUGUUUCCUACGACGUUUUUACGUUCAUUCUCAAUUCACUCUACACUGGGUUAGCUGUGUUGACUUCAGAAAACUAUCUUGAAGUUUGGCGAGCUACAGAUAUGCUACAAAUAACUUUUAUGGCCAAUAUGUGUGAGACUAUGGCAAUUGAAGAAAUUAAUGUUGACACAUGGGAAAACAUUUACACAACUGCACAUCUUUUAAGUUCAGAUAGAGUCCUUCAUCAGCUUCAAUUAUUCAUGGUACAAAACUUCGAGAAAAUCCGACUUUCCCCAUUAGUUCUACAAAUUUCAUUUCAAGAUUUUCGAGAUUUAAUAAAAAGCCAAGAUCUUGUUGUCUCAAACGAAGACUUAGUUCUGGAAACAGUGAUACGAUGGGUUAAUUAUGAUCCCACAAUGACGGCAGUGCUAAAAGAAAAUUUGCUAGAGGAAAACCCACACAAACAUAGACGUAUGAUGUUUGACAGUGUACAACCUAAAGGUUCUGUUAGCUUGAUAGCUAGUGAGGAUACGUCUAGAAAAGAUAAAUUUUCAGAUUUGUUGAAACACGUAAGGACCUGUCUUGUAAGUCCGGCUGUUUUGUCCCAUUUAUACAAAAUGGAACUCAUUUCAGAAAAUAAAGAUUCAAGAGACAUUGUUUUUAAUGCGAUAAGUUACAAUGUCCAUGAUUUUAGACACGGUCAGUGGCCAUCAGGUGCUAUUCAUAGAUCGUGUAGUGAUUACAUACAGGGAGGGGUAUUUGCACAUCUAUAUGGGUGCAUUAGUUUCAUAAGCGCUGACGAUGAAAAAUUUUACCACAUUGCGAGAUGUUCUUAUGUACAAGAGACUAUCCAGCUUAUCGUUUUUAACGGUGAACUUUUUAUCAUAGGCAAAUCACAAAUUACAACAAACGAUCCUUGUAAAAUGUUUGUUUUCUCUGAAAACAACUGGAAAUUUGUGACGAAAAUGCCAUGUGACGAUAUGCUGCUCGUUUCGCACGGAGACUUUAUGUAUAUCUUAAACAAAGAUCUUAAGAAAAUCUACAAGAUAAAUCCAAAGAAGAACAACGAUCAGACAGAAUACGUUACCGAUUUCCCGGCACUUGUUGAUGUAAAACAUGCAAUGGUUUUUGAAAACUGUUUCUUGUUAUUUUGCUCAGAAUUUCUAUACGGUAUAAAAGAUACAGCUGUUCAUAAAUUUGAUAUCUCGUCCAAAGCUUGGACCAGAUUAGACAAUAUUAAUGGACCAGCAGACCAGUUAAUCAGUUUCAGGAACGACAACCACCACUAUAUUCUACAGAACAAUGGCUCCAUGAGGCUGAUACAAAAUAUACCUCACACUGGAGAAAUUGAAUUCAAAUUUCUUGAUAAAAUUUGGAACAUAAACAUGAACGUGUACGGGGCGAUAACUUAUCGUGGUAAAGUUAUGUUCCUCGGCAACUGCCAACCAAACGAACUUCCUGGCGAGAAAUGUUUAAGCCAAUUUCCGGAGCACUUUGAAAUCAUUCGAUUUUGGGGAACUGAUAAAAAUAACUGCUCUAACUUUGUUCCUGUCACUUUUCCUAGGGUUUACUUGAAUGAAAUCAGCAAAAAGAAUCAAAAGUGAAUCGUUGCCUUCUGCGAACUCUUUUGAAUAAUCCAUAGAGUGUCUCUGUUAGAUUUUACAGCUUCCGAAGUUGUUUUUUUUAAUAUGGAUGUGUUCGA